AUGCCACUGAAAGAAGAAGAAGAAGAAGGCACAAGUAGAAUAAACCUCUCAUCCUCCGCUAAAUUCUGUAGAAUCCUAGCAAACUGCUCCUCCCCGAUUCCAGAAGUUGAUGCUAGAUACAAGUUGGAAUUUAGCAGUCAGUGGCCAUAUAGCAAAGAACAGAGAAGAGAGGGGCUCUCUAAUGAUUAUUGUGCUUAUGUUUCAGUCUUUGAGGGAACAAAAUUUGAGAAUGGAAGCUGCUAUUUGGAUGAUACCUUAUAUCCUUUUAGUUCAGGCAUCUGUGUCGCUUGUGGCAAGAACAUUGAAGAUUACAUGCUGCACCAUCUCCAAAUAGAAGAAAGCCAAAUCCCAGAAAUGUCCCUGGAAUUGUACAAAGAGUAUGGGACAACAAUAGCUGGUCUUAAGGCACUGGGUUACAAAUUUGACAACGAUGAGUUCCAUGCAUAUGUUCAUGGAAAAUUGCCAUACCAUACACUGAAACCUGAUCCUUUGUUGAGGAAUCUGCUUCUUUCAAUGCCACAGAGAAAGAUGAUCUUCACAAAUGCAGACAAAGCUCAUGCUGCAAGAGUUCUAAGCAGGCUGGGCCUGGAAAACUGCUUUGAAGGAAUCAUAUGCUUCGAGACACUGAAUCCAACUGAAAAGGUCACUACUACUCUCAGAGACAAUGUAUCAAACACUGAUAGGGCCAAUUGCGAGGGAAGAAUACUCUGCAAGCCAUCUUUGGAAGCCAUCGAAACCGCCAUGAGGAUCGCAAACAUCGAUCCCAAGAAAACAAUAUUCUUUGACGACAGCGCAAAAAACAUUGCAGCAGGAAAGGCAGCAGGUCUUCAUACUGUCCUUGUUGGGAGGUCAGUGCCGGUACCAGGGGCUGAUCUUGCACUGGAGAGCAUUUACAACAUAAAAGAAGCAUUGCCUGAGAUAUGGCAGGAUGGAAAGCAGACGAAACCAGUUAUUGCGGCCACCGCAGUGGAAGAAACCACAGUCCUUGCAUGA